AUGAGGCCCGUCGUUGCCCCCUCGGCUUCCCUCCCCAGAGCCGCCCACCUGGCAAGACGACGGCUGCCUCGUCGCGUCGAAGAGAGAAAAUGGUCCACGCCGCUGGCCAAGCAGCUCUAUGAAGCCAUCUCCACCACCGGCUCCGUCCCCCUGGCAAGCUACAUGCGCAUGUGCCUGACCGGCGACCUGGGAGGCUACUACACCGGCGCCGUCGGCCAGGGCCGUGACCAGUUCGGCACCAAGGGAGACUUUGUCACCUCGCCCGAGAUCUCCCAAAUCUUCGGCGAGCUGCUCGGCAUCUGGUUCAUCGCCGAAUGGAUCAGCCAGGGCAGGCCCAGCAAGGGCGUCCAGCUCAUCGAGGUGGGCCCGGGUCGAGGAACGCUCAUGGACGACAUGCUUCGGACUAUCCAGCGCUUCCCGGCCAUGGCCAGUAGCAUUGAAAAUGUCUUCAUGGUCGAGGCCAGCCGCGAGCUGCGCGAGACGCAAAAGAACCUCUUGUGCGGCCCUGACGCUCCCUCCACCGAGUCCAAUGUUGGAUGCCACAGCCCCAGCAAGUACGGCUCGAUUCCAAUCGUCUGGACGGAGACCAUCAAGUCCAUACCCAUAGAGUCAGACAAGACCCCCUUCAUCGUGGCUCACGAAUUCUUCGACGCUCUCCCCAUCCACGCCUUCCAAUCCGCCCCUGCUUCUUCUCCCAAACCCUCAUCAUCAACCCCCCCUACCCCCCCCUCUCCCCAGCCAGACAGCACAGCACCUCAAACCCCCGACGAGUCCUCAACACCACCUCCCAUGGAAUGGCGCGAAAUGAUGGUCUCCAUCGCUCCCCCUAGCCCAUCAUCAUCCUCCCACGCGCCCAAAUCCCACGACGAGCCCCCUCCCGAGUUCCAGCUCGUCCUCUCCUCCUCCACCACCCGCCACUCCCGCUACCUCCCCGAAUCCUCCCCCCGCUACCGCCGCCUCAAGGACACCCCCGGCGCCCUCAUCGAGAUCUGCCCCGACGCCUCCCUCUACGCCGCCGACUUCGCCGCCCGCAUCGGCGGCUCCCCCGCCCACCCCAAGCACCAGCCCCGCGGCGCCGCCCUCAUCCUCGACUACGGCACCGCCGACACCGUCCCCGUCAACUCCCUCCGCGGCAUCCGCCAGCACCGCCUCGUCAGCCCCUUUUCCGCCCCGGGCCUCGUCGACCUCAGCGCCGACGUCGACUUCCACGCCAUUGCCGAGGCCGCCACCCUCGCCAGCGACGGCGUCGAGGUCCACGGGCCCGUCGCCCAGGCCGACUUCCUCGAGCUCAUGGGCAUCCGCGAGCGCGCAGAGGCGCUGGCCAAGGCGCCUGGCGUCACCCCCGAAAAGGCUAGGGACAUUGAGAAGGCCUGGAAGCGCCUCGUUGAUCGGGGGGUCAAUGGGAUGGGCAAGGUGUACAAGGUGCUCGCUAUCUUGCCCGAGAAUGAUGGCCGUCGACGACCGGUUGGUUUCGGCGGCGAUGUGACAGAGGCUUAA